CUCAAAGCCACCGUUUCCAUAUCAUUCAAGAUUUCAAGUACCCUAAAAUUGAACAAAAUUUGGGGAAACCAAAAUCAUAUCACAAAAAUAUCUUCAUCCAUCAACAGUUUUGAACAAUCGUAUCUUCUUCAAAAAUGUCAACACUAUUCAUUCCUUUUUUGAUCGUAAAUUGAAGGAUCGUGUUGUUCUAUAAAUUGAAGAUUUGUUUGUUCAUCGAGGAUUCGAAUUAUGGCUGGUCAGAGUAAAUGGAGGAAGAUGAAGCUUGCGCUAGGGCUAAAUACGUGUUUAUACGUUCCCGAAAGCUCCGAUGACGGUGAAUCUGUGAAAAGUUCGUCUAGAAGUUGUUCAGAUGCUCGUCGGCGUUUGCCGAUCACUCCGACUCCGUCGUCUUCUGGUCUCCGUGUGUCGAAAUACAGCGAUAAAUCGACGUCGGAGCCAGUUUGUGCAAUUUGCUUGAUGCCAAUGAAAGCAACCGGCACUGACGCCAUCUUCAAAGCAGAAUGCACACAUUCUUUCCAUUACCAUUGCAUUGCAUCAAACGUAAAAUACGGAAAUCGAGCAUGUCCCGUUUGUCGUGCAAAAUGGAAAGAAAUCCCUUUAACGACUUCCGGUUCUUGUGUGAAAGCAAAUACAAAUACAGAUGAUCAUACCAUGGUUAUGUCACCACAACAAUUGCAUGCUUAUCGUAAUAUUCCUUUUCUAUUUCAAGCCUUCGAGCCUCCUGUAUUUGACGAUGAUGAACGAGUCAACCAGAAAGCAGAAGACAUAGACUCCGGUGAUUCAGAUUUCAAUGAAGGAAUAGAUAUAAAAGCCUAUCCUGAAGUUUCCACAGUCGCAAGAUCGACAUGCUUUGAUAAUUUCAGCAUCUUAAUUAAUAUUAAAGCUCCUGUUGCUAAAUCAAAUCUAAACGCACGUGCAUCGAUAGAUCUAGUAACCAUGCUUGAUAUAAGCGGUAGCAUGACGGGUACGAAGAUUGCUUUAUUAAAACAAGCUAUGGGUUUCGUAGUACAAAAUCUCGGCCCGUGGGACCGCCUUUCGGUAAUAGUGUUUUCUUCUACAGCCUGUCGUCUUUUCCCGUUCCGCCGUAUGACCGAAACCGGGAAACGAGAAUCUUUACAAAUGAUUAACUCAUUGGUCGCGAACGGCGGGACCAAUAUAGCUGAGGCUUUAAGAAAGGGAGCGAAAGUGAUGACUGACCGGAAAUUCAAGAAUCCGGUCAGCAGUAUGAUAUUGUUGUCAGACGGGCAAGACUCGGACCCUAACUUCAGCCCACGAAAGCUGAAUUUGAAUUACCAGAGUCUUUCAUCUUCUAUUCAAGUAAAAAAUGACGAAAACCGCAUCCCAAUUCACACGUUUGGGUUCGGUACGGAUCACGAUGCGUGUGCACUGCAUGCUAUAUCUGAACAUUCUGGAGGGAUGUUUUCGUUUAUAGAAGCUGAGAAUGUGAUACAAGAUGCUUUUGCUCAGUGUAUUGGCGGGCUUUUGAGCGUUGUGGUUCAAGAAUUACGAGUUGAAGUCGAGUGUGUUCAUCCUGUGUUACGCCUCGGGUCAAUCAAAGCCGGGAGUUACAAAGUGGGUAUGGAUGAGAACGCGAGAUCGGGGUUUAUCGAAGUCGGUGAUCUAUACGCAGAAGAAGAGAGAGAUUUUCUUGUCACGAUGGAUAUUCCGGUAGAAAAAUCCAGCAACAUAAUGUCAUUGGUGAAAUUUAGAGCUAUUCAUAAGGACCCGAUAAAGAAAAUGGUGGUUACGGUUGGUGGAAAUGAAGAUUUGAUAAUACUGAGGCCCGAAACAAGUUUGAAAAAGCAAACAGUGUCGAUCGAAGUUGACCGACAGAGGAACCGGCUUAUGGCUGCCGACGCGAUAUCCGAAGCACGAACAAUGGCCGAACGUGGUAAUCUAACAGCGGCAGUGUCGGUGCUUGAGGAAUGCCGGAAAAAGCUGGCGGAUUCCGUUUCAGGUCGUGGCGGUGAUCGUUUAUGUGUCGGUUUGAUGGCUGAGCUUAGGGAAAUGAAGGAGAGAAUGGUGAGCCAUAGAGUGUAUGAGUCGUCGGGCCGGGCUUAUGUGUUGUCGGGGUUGAGCUCACACUCGUGGCAGCGGGCCACGGCUAGGGGUGACUCGACAGAGACGACGAGUAUAAUACAGAGUUACCAAACACAGACAAUGGUGAACAUGGUUAACCUAUCGCAAACAACGAGUUUUAUCCGGAGUCCUUCAACAUCUAUGGUUAGCCCCAACUCCCCCAAGACUGAACCACUCAAAACCAAAAAGUCGUUAAGGUCGACACACUCUUUUACUUAGGUGAUAGGAUGAAUAAGAAGAGUUCUUAAGGUUGUUUGGUUAUUUAAAUUUGUGUCCUUGUUUUAGCUCUAAAAGAUAUGGGUAUAUUUAUUCCAAUAGAAUUGGAUUGGAUGUAAGGAAUAAAUGAUAUGGGGAUAUUAGAAUGUUGAAUCUUAUGAUAUUUAAAGUCUAAUAAUAUCUAACAAUAUUUACACCAA